UCACAGUCUCAUGCACCCUUGAGCAGCUGGAUGGUCGUGAAUGCCCUUGUUGGGAGUUUGCCUCGUUAGACGAACGCUGCUGCCGAGAGAUGAACAUGAGGCGGUUGAAUAGUCACGUGACACUUGUAGUACUGGCGGGAUAUCUUGCAGUUUCUCUCAGUAGAGAAAAUAGAGAGCAACCGGUUCUUCUUGAUUGUGUCGUCUCGGUUUCUACACAUGGACAUCUUUUUUGGCGUCUCCAGACCAACCUAUCUAGGCAAAGUGUGUGUGUGUGUGUGUGCAAACAGCUCAAGGAAGAAGGGAGAGUAGUGCCCAACGGGGCACACUAGCGUUCAUUACAUACAACUGAAAGAGUUCAUUCUCUUACAGUGUGCUACGUCAUCGACAACGAUACAAACAUUGCUCUCCCUGCAGAUGAAACUCACGCUCACUCGGAUCGUGGAGGUGAACGGCAGAGGAGAAUGCACACAGCCGUCAGAUAAGAGCGUUAGGCAGGAUGAAAGGAGAUGUGAUAACGUGAUCCUGUUUAGAAUGUCUAUUUGAUCUCUGUGUGUGUAACGUGGGCGGUUUUGAACGCAAGUCAAAACACUAGUGGAGAAAUGUGACCGCAUUUGAACCUUUGCAAAUGGCCACGAGGCCAUUGAAGAUGGCUAGAGGCUUAAUAUUUCGUUAACGGAUCUUAUCAAGAGGUGCUGCUGCCAAGUGUCACGGGCGUUCAAGUUCUAACUAGCGAGAGACUGGAGCCUUACAAUUGCAUUUCUAAUGAGUUUGAAGAAAUUGUCGAAAAAGCCAAAGACCUCGGAAGAUUGCGCCGUUUCAUCGUUUGAAGACAAAAUGACACCUAUGCGACGUUUCGCUCUAUGGAUUGUGACUAUUCAGAUAGUGAUGAUAAUUGGCAUUAUGAGCGUCUACACUUUCCAGCCCGGAUGGUCGUCAACUUUGACAGCCUUUUACGCCACAGGGGAAGCGGAAGAAUCCUAUAAUGAGGUCGUCACAUAUCCGAUCAUUUUACCUUCUCUUCCAGAAAGCUACACGCUGGUUGAUGACGACCGACCGUAUUUUACGUUCCUACCCAACGACUUGAGCUGUUUUACGACCGGGACGGAUUUGAUGAAAAGCAGCAGCUCUCCCCCGGGUUCCAGUUGCACCUGUUUGGCGGAUUAUUACGGACGUGAUUGUGGCAUACCGGGCCCAGUCUGGCACGCUUGUCAGACUUUAAACAAUUGUUCCGAUUUGAAAGUACGGAAGACGCCACGUCGUCUCAUCCACGGACUAAACAUCAACCACGAACUCGAAUUCUUUCAAGUUCGACUCGAAGAAGUGGGUGAUGUGUUGGAUGUUGUUAUCGUUGGCGAAUCUAAUCUCACGGCUGGAGGGGAUGCGAGCCCAUUGUACCUACUGCCGGAACUUCGCAAGGGAUUCAUGAGCGGCUUCCAGCACAAAAUUAUCCACAUCUUCAUCGAUCACUUCCCACCUGAGGGACUGACAGACGGGUGGUUUGCAGACACAUUUAUACGUGACUACAUGGGCCAGGAAGGCCUUAAACGCAUCAAAGGUAUUCGAGAUGACGAUCUAUUUUUGUUGCUGGAUGCCGACGAGAUUCCCGAUAGGAACGUCUUGCUCUUUUUGAAGCUUUACGAUGGUUAUCCGGAACCGAUUGCCUUGACUUUGCGUUGGUCCAUCUACGGUUUCUUUUGGAAACGAUCCGUCAGUGAUUCGCCGCACGUUGAAGACGUCACUCGUAUCGUGGCCAUUUCUACAAUGCGGAUGAUUCGUCAAGUCUACGACGGCAAGGUAAUGAGCAUCCGCCGUAAUUACCUCACGACCGAACCACUGCUAAGCCGAGUGGAGACUUACAAGAAGAGCGGCCAUUCUGUCAAGGAGUGGAACAUUGGCGAGGUUGGCGCUUACGCCGGAUUCCAUUGUUCCUGGUGCUACAGUCCGGAAGGAAUCAAGCUCAAAUUAAUGUCGGCCCAAAAGGACGAUAAACCGCGAUGGGGCGACUUUCCUGAUAAAUUAGAUCUCGGAUACAUUUCUGGAUUGAUCCAAAAUGGACGCUGGUUCGACAAUUCACAACCAUUCUUCCUAGUCAAGCCGGAACAGGAUCCCCUCUAUGCGCCUGCUUACAUUCUAAAGCACAAAAAUAGAUUUCAUUACUUGUUGGAUCCACCAUCUUCCAACAAGACGACCAGUUCAACUUGACUUGUAUGUAAAUGACUUUUUGGGGAAAUUUCUGAUGAUGAUAAGUGGCAAAACGCCCAUAAAAUUUAAAUUAAUCCACUUGUUCGUGUAAAAGGAAGAAAAAUAUGUAUAUUCGAUUGGGGCCAUUAGUCGGCUCCCUUUUGGCGUUUUGUCUGAUAUUUUUGUUUCCUUGAUAUAUAUAUAUAUAUUUCUCCAGUAUACAGGAUGAAUAUACACACACGCGUUUCUUUUUUGGGG